CAUGUGAGGUGUUGUUAAAUUUCAGUGAAAUGUUUGGUUACACUAGCCAUCUAGGAUGGGAGGCUGCAUAGGCAUAACGAGGGCAAGAAAUGCCUCCGUCGACAACACUACAGGAAAUUCCACGAGAGUAAAUUCAGGAAAUUCAAGGAAGAAUCAUCCAUUAUGCCAUGAGGCAAUUAGGUGGAAAUCAGAUGUACCUUUGACAGAAGGACAGCUGAGAAGUAAAAGAGAUGAAUUUUGGGAUACUGCACCUGCAUUUGAUGGACGUAAAGAAAUAUGGGAUGCAUUAAGAGCUGGGGCAACGGCAGCAGAGGCCCAGGAUUAUCAAUUAGCACAGGCUAUAUUAGAUGGAGCUAAUAUUUCUGUGCCAAAUGGUUUUUUAACAGAAUGUUAUGAUGAAUUGGGAACCAGAUAUCAAGUCCCUAUUUAUUGUUUAUCAUAUCCUAUUAAUAUUGUAAAAGAAGAUAGUGGAAGAGAUUCUCCUGCUGACUGUUCAGAACCUAUUGAUAGUGGAGUUGAGCAGACAUUGAAGCUGAGAUUAUCAACUACAUUAGGAGAAGUUAAAUUGCCUGUUUACAGUAAGGACACUAUAGCUACUGCUAAAAAGAAAUUGCAGAGUCAGGAAGGUCUUGAACCAUCUCGUCAAAGGUGGUUUUUUGGUGGAAAGUUAUUAGGUGAUAAAAUGCAUAUAGAAGAAGCAAAGAUACAACCAGGUUAUGUAAUACAAGUAAUUGUAAAUCCAGAAAAAUUGGACGACAGUCCUGUGAAAACAAGUUGAGCUAAUAUUAUACAAGAUAUACAAGUCAUAUUGAACCAUCUUUCUCUGAUAAGCACAUUCUUACCUGCAUUCGAAGUAAGAAUAUAUUUCUUUUUUAAUUUUAUAUUGUGUCAUUAUUAAGAGCAAAGCAGCAAUUCUUGAAGUGAUUUUUUUAUAAUAAAAUGCACUUAAAAUAAUAAUUCUCGUAAUAUAUAAUUGUUAUAAGUAUUAAAUAAUAUUGCGUUUAAAUUGUGGGUUGUGAUUAUUUAAUUUUUAUUAAUUUAUAUGCUAGCUCAAAAGAAAAAUACAGUGCUAAAUACAUGCCGAAAUAAUCUCUUAAAAAGUCCUUAUUAACAUUGGUUUAAAAUUACAUACUUAUACAAAAAGAAGUAUAAACACGAUUGGUAAUUAAUAACAUUUACCUCAUAGCAGGAAUGUUGUUAUACUAAUUUGUUACUACCAACGAAGGUGCUGGUGCUGUAACACUUGGGAAACUAAGUAUACAUGUAGAAAAUUAUUCUAUGCUGCUUAUUAAACCAUGUUGCAUAAUUAUAUGAUAUAAGAAUAAAAACAUACACUUAAAAAAAAGAUUAUAAUAAUAACAAUAAUAAUAAUAAGAAAAUUACGGAAAUAUUGAUGAAUAUAAAAAUACAAUGGACAAUAGUGAAAAAAUGAACAAGGUAUAUGCUGAUUAUUAAAUUGCAUUCUUCUGUUGUAUUUCUUACAGAUUUUAUUUUCUAGGCUUUUUGGAUUUAUAAUUAAUAACUAUAAUUUUUCUAAGGAUAAAUCAAUAGAAAAGAUUAUUAACAACCUUUGUUGCAUAAUGUGUGAAAUAUACAGUUCAAUGAUGUUUUUCUUUUGAUCGAAUUCAUUAAAUUUUUGUAAAUGUAUUGUGAAUGUUUAUAAGACAUAAGUUUGAAUUAUUUCACAAAAGUACAUGUUUGGCCUAUUAGUGGCCUAAAAUCUUCGAUUCCUUCCUAUAAGUACUAAUAAGAUAUUAUAUAAGGUCUACAUAGCUGAAUAAUGCACGAGAAAAGAUGUAAGACUAAUAAUUAAAUUACAUGUGGUGCAGAACGUAUAAUUUUUAUACAAUUUUAUCAGCACAAUCACUUUCACAUCUGUGUUAUAUGUGCUUAUGAUAAAAUGAUCAACACAGCAAAAUCAAUAUUGCUAGUUCAAUUUUAAUAGCACCUAAUUCUUACUUCUGCCCCACAUGUUACACAGAAAGCAAAAAUGAUAUAAAGUAUAAUUAUAAAAAAUGACAUAUUAUGCGUGUGAAUUUAUUGACUGUACUAACACAGCAGUGAUAAAGUUUGUUUUUCAUAUGCAUUGAUCGUAAAAUUAUAAUAUAUAGUAUUGCGUGUGCGUGUAUGUAUAAUACGUAAUAUAUUAAAUAUGUAUGUAUACAGGUACAUAUGUUGGUUCCACUAUUCUCAAUUUGAGUGUCAAAGCAAACAUAUUUAAUCUUAUAAGUAACUUAUUUAUAAAUUGGGUAAUUGCAUACAAGUUAUAAUGACAAAAAAAUGACUGGAAGCAACCAUUAAAAGAUAUGAACAUAAGUGUAUAAAACCCUGUUCAUAUAAAAAAAAAAAAAAAUGAAAUCUUGUGUUAACUGUGCAUUUCCUUGAUAUAUUAUAAAAAUUAGUGCAAAUAAAGGGAGCACUUGUUUUAAAUUUAAGAGUUUCAGAUA